CCGCUGCAUGAGCUCCAGUGAAUCAGGGUAUAUUUCCAAGGUCCCACAGUUUCCUACGUGGGAGCCGGUAUCUGAGAAGCAACUUCCACCCCCUACUAAAGUCUCCGUGGACCUUGUGGACAAGUUGGAGAGACUCGCUCUCGUAGACUUUGGAAGCCAGGAAGGCGUGGAGUGUCUGGAGAAAGCGAUUCGUUUCGCUGAUCAGCUCCACGUCGUCGACACGGAAGGCGUGGAACCUAUGGACUCUGUCCUGGAGGACAGAGUUCUGUAUCUGAGAGAAGACACAGUGACUGAGGGAAACUGCGCUGAGGGACUUCUUCAGCUCUCCAGAGUCACUGAGGAGGAAUAUUUCGUAGCACCUCCAGGAAACAUCCCACUUCCAAAGAGAGAGGAGCGAGCGGCCAUGCUGAAGCACUCGGAGCCUUGAGAUCAGAAAUAUCUCAACCACCUUUUAAUAAUAAACACAAAAUCUUGUAUCA